UCGAGUCUCGACUCGGCUUUCGACUCGUCGCCGGUUUAUGAAGGCAGAGACGGAGACGUCCGAAGUAGGACUCAGUUAUUGAGGCGGAGACGGCGAUGCAAGGCCACCUCCACCACCUCCAGCAACAGCUAGCCGCUCUCCUCUCCGCCGCUCUUACUCAGCCCUCCGCGUCCGCCGCGGCCGCGGGCGGGAGCGCCGAGUCCACCCCUUCCUCCUCACCGGCUGCGACUGAAGGACCAGGCGAGAGAGGUGGCGACGCCGCUCGAAUCGCGGCCCUAGAAUCCCUUCAACGAAUCAUCCUCUACCCUCCCAAUGCCUUCGUCGUCUCCCACUCCUCCCCUUUCCUUUCCCAGGGCUUCUACCAGCUUCUCUCUGACAAGUCAUAUGCCGUGAGGCGAGCAGCAGCGAUUACCUACGGAUCCCUUUGUGCCAUUCUAGUUUCCGUUCCAAUUGGAUCUAAUGGUCCCCAAAAUCAUGUUUUGGCAUUGGCUGAGAGAUUCAUGGCUUGGGCUCUUCCUCUUCUUGGGGAGACUGAUGUUCAGAAUGGGUCUGCGGAAUUGGCAUUGGAGAGCCUUCGAGAGUUCCUUAAUGUUGGCGAUGCUAAUAGCAUCGAACGCUUUGUACCGCUGAUCCUCAAAGCAUGCCAAGAGCUUCUCGAGGACGAGAGAACCUCCCUUGGCUUGCUCCAUCAACUUCUUAGCGUUCUUACCCUGAUUUCUUUGAAAUUUGGGCAUUGCUUCCAGCCGCAUUUUGUUGACAUCGUUGACUUGCUUCUGGGAUGGGCUUUCAUGCCCGACCUCUCCGAGUCUGGUAGGACGAUAAUUAUGGAUAGUUUCUUGCAAUUCCAGAAGCACUGGCUGAACAAUUUACAGUUUUCAUUAGAAUUGCUCUCAAAGUUUCUGGGUGACAUUGAAGUUCUUAUCCAGGAUACAAGUCUUGAAUCUGGCAGCCAGCUUGGGAGGUUGCUUGCUCUCUUCUUCUGUUUCUCGACAGUUCUACGAGUCACAGCAUCAGGAAUGAUGGAAAUGAACAUACUUGAAGACGUCAGAGAACCCCUGGAGAAUAUGGCUCCCCGUUUGCUGAAAUGUAUAGCAAGUUUUGGGAGGAAGUCUGGGUCGCCAAAAUGGAUGGGAGAAUCUUGGAGAUGCUUGAUUCUUCUGGCUGAAAUACUUAAUGAAGGGUUCUCUAAAUCAUAUCCAAUUGUUAUUGAUAUUUUGUUUCAAAACUUGAUAGGAAUUCCAUCGUUGCAGAUAAAUGCAUUGGUUAAAACUAAUUUGCAACUGCUAUCUAGGCAGAAGCUGGCACUCCUUCCUUCUUCUGUAAGGUCUGUAUUAGGAUUUUAUUCUCCCUUGUCUCAGCUGCGUCUGCAUCCAAAUCACCUUGUAGUUGCAAACACUGCAGCAACUUACCUUUUCUUUCUACAACAUGGGUCCAAUGCUGUUGUUUCCCAAGCUAUUUCGUAUUUGAUUGAAGAGUUGGAGUUGUUAAAAGGCAUGCUUGGAAAAAUUCGUGGGCAUUUUGCUAAUGUCAAUGAGCUCCAGUUGGAUUUUGUGACGGAUGACCAAUUGAAAUUAGAUUUAGGUUCUGGCAAGGCCUAUUCGGAACAUGAAUUAAUUUCCUUAAUAAAGUUUGACUUAAAAGCAUUGCUAAGUUCUAUUCCUUGCGGUGCUGCUGAAAGUUUGCAGGACCAGGUUGUCAUUGACUCGCUUAGAUAUGAUAGAUCAAUGAGACUGGCAUCUUCGAUUUUAGAGAAGCUCCAUCCUUUUGAGUCCCCUGUCGACGGUUGGUUUGAGUUGCAAGUCCUUAUUGUUAAGACAUUGAACAGGUUAAGUGAGGUUGAACUUCUAAGUAAGUUCACAAUUCUGAGAGCUUCUUGGGAGAAGGUUUCUGUUAAUUCAGUUGGAAAAAGUGAAAGAAGCCUUCAAGCUAAGACUGAUCUAAUUACUGAGUAUAAAAGGAAAUAUGCUAUGUGCAUAGUUAGGGCACUUGGGGUUAAUUCACCUAUAUCUGUUAAGCUAGAAGCUCUUGACUGGAUAUGUUCAUUUGGUUGGAUGAUUACAACUUUGGAGAGCGAUGCAGACUUGAUGAUGCAAUUUUGUGAUCCACAUGCAGAUGCUGGUGUUGGCAGUGACUUACUUGUUGCAAUUUUUGAUGCAGCAUAUGUGAGGGAAUCUAAGGUGAGAUCUCGUGUUGCAUCUGUUCUGGAAGCUCUUUUGCAGGCAAGGCUAAUUGAUCAUGCAUACUUCAAUUUUGUCUCAGAAGUUGCACUUGAUAAGCUUGGCGAUCCAGAUGUAACUGUAAAAAAUGCAUUUGCCAGAGUACUAUCUGUUGUGUUGCCUUUAACAAUGUAUUCACGUGGUCUGAAUGACAGAGCUAGUAGUAUUUGUGAGUUUGUACAUUGUACUGUCAACAACUAUUACCUGAGUUGGAAGAAUGAACUUGCCUUAAAGCAGUGUUCCAGAAAGCUACACUCGCAUCAACUUGUUUCCAUCAUGAGUUACAUAUCACAGAGGUGGAAGGUGUCUCUAUCUUCUUGGAUCCAGCGAUUAGUCUUUAGUUGCCAUUGCAAAAAGGAUUCAAUUUCUAGCAAAGAGGAAACAGUUGGAGAACCUGGUAAUGGUGACAUGUGGAAGGGUGGAAAGACAGAGGAAUGUGCAGUGGAUAAAAUAUGUCCAGUGAAUAAUAUAGCUGCUGUUUGGUGGUCCAUUCAUGAGGCUGUUAGACAUUGCAUUGCUCUUCGUCUGCGAACUAACCUCGGUGGUCCGACCCAGACUUUUGCAGCCUUAGAGCGCAUGCUUUUGGACAUACCUAAUGUGCUUCUAUUAGAUGCUGAACAAACUGACAGUAAGUACAUAGCCUCGUCCAAUUCUCACUUGUUACCAAUGCGAUUGCUGCUGGAUUUUGUUGAGGCUUUGAAGAAAAAUGUUUACAAUGCUUAUGAAGGUUCUUUCAUUUUACCUGCUUGUAGUCGACAAAGUUCCGUGUUCUUCCGAGCAAAUAAGAAAGUCUGUGAAGAGUGGUUUUCUCGAAUAUGCGAGCCUAUGAUGAAUGCUGGGCUGGCAUUGCAUUGCUAUGAUGCGACCAUUCAGUACUGUUCGUUACGGCUGCAGGAUCUAAAAAGUUUAGCAACAUCAGUUUUCAAGGAAAAAGCUCGUGGGGCAUCUGUUUCUGAAAAUUUCCAUCUCAAAUCUAGGUUUGCAGGAGAUGUUAUGAAGGUUGUCCGACAUGCAUCCUUGGCCUUAUGCAGGAAUUAUGAACCAGAGGCUUUGAUUGGCCUUCAGAAAUGGGUUGCUACACAAUUUUCUGUCCUGUUUAAGGAAGACAAACAUAUUGUUUCAGGUGUAGCUGGGAACUUUGGGCAAUUUUCUUGGAUCACAGGACUUGUCUAUCAGGCUCAGGGCCAAUAUGAAAAGGCAGCUGCUUACUUUUCUCACUUGCUUCAGUCUGAAGUUGCACUAGCUCUCAUGGGUUCUGAUGGUGUACAGUUUGUUAUUGCACGUGUCAUCGAGUGUUUUACAUCGGUCUCUGAUUGGAAUUCUCUGGAAAGCUGGCUCACUGAAUUACAAUCACUUCGUGCUAUGCAUGCUGGGAAGUCUUAUUCUGGAGCUUUAACGACAGCUGGCAAUGAAAUAAAUGCUGUUCAUGCCUUGGCUCGGUAUGAUCUUGGGGAUUUUCAAGCAUCUCGGUCCUACCUGGAUUUGACACCUAAAAGUAGCUGUGAGAUUGCUCUUGAUCCUAAGAUUGCUUUAGAGAGGAGUGAGCAAAUGCUUCUACGAUCAAUGCUUAAGCGGGAUGGAUCCUUCCACAAGGUCGGGGAAGAACUGGAAAAAGCAAAGUUGAUGCUGGAUGAAGCAUUGUCUGUUGUACCUCUUGAUGGAUUACAUCAGGCAGCUGCUUGUGCCAUCCAGCUUCACUGCAUCCUUGCUUUUGAAGAAGGCACAAGAUCAAGUAACCAUGAUCAAGCUAAAAGAUCACCAUCAUUGCUAGGAUCCUUGCAACAAGUACUGCUUACUCCAAUUAGUAGAGUUUGUCAAGAUUGUAGCUUGUGGACUAAGGUUUUUAGAGUGUAUCGUACUCUAAUGCCAACUUCUUUAACAACUCUGCUUCUCUGUCAGAAGCUGCUUACUGUGGCUCGCAAACAGAACAACUUUAUGUUGGCAGACCGCUUGAGUCAAUACCUCAGAGAUCACAUUCGGAUGACUUCAGAAGGGUCUCAUUCUGAUCUUCUUGCUUUGAAGAUGCAAUAUGAAGAUAUACUACUCAAGCAUGCAAAAGGAAAUCAUGAAGAGGCUAUAUUGGACAGCUGGUCAUUCAUAGGUGAUAAUAUGCGAUCUACGGCAACUAUAUCAUCUGGAGCUGAUGGUGUUCUGAGGGCAAAGGCAUGUUUGAAAUUAUCGACCUGGUUGAGACAAGGUUUUCCAAAUCUAGAUUUUAGAAAUGUUCUUCUCAAGAUACGCCAAGAUUUCAGUGGCUGUAGCAAAUGCACUUCUUUUGCUGGAACUGGAUUGACUUCUGGUGAUGGUGUCUUAAUCACUGAUCCAGACUAUAAUCAAAUUCUUGAAGAAAUAAUUGGUACGGCUAGAAAAAUAUCCUGUAAUCUUUGUCCCACCUUGAGUAAAACCUGGCUCUCUUAUGCUUCUUGGUGUUUUGACCAAGCAAAGGGCUCCCCUCCUGCGGGUGGUGCUGUUCUACAAUCCUGUUCUCUGUCCUCUGUUCUUUGUCCAGAACUUUCUCCUGAGAGAUGCAAGUUGACAGAAGCUGAAAUGUCUGAGGUGGAAAUUAUAAUUAGGAAGAUUUUUAACAGUGAUAGAGAUGUGAAUGUUGCAAGUGGUGCAGAUGAAGACAGAUCAGAGUCCAUUUAUUUUCAGGAAAAUGAGCCACUUGUAAGUUCAUUAGUUGAGCAAGCAGCAUACAUAAUGCAAACUGCAGCUGGAUCACGUGGAUUUGAGUCUUAUGAUGGUGAGUGCCCUUCUGCUGCUGUUUCUUCCCAGCUGCAAGUGCUGUUUCUUAAUGCAAACGGUGGCAUGAGGAAACAUGACAUCUUGCCUUUUGUUGAUGAGUUGGUUGGCAUUUGGUGGUCAUUAAGGCAAAGGAGGGUCUCAUUAUUCGGACAUGCUGCACAUGGCUAUUUUCAGUACCUUUCAUAUUCUUCCAAUCUUCUAGCCUGUUCUGCUAAUGAUUUUCCAAAGGAAAAAAACAAGAGUUGCACCCUUAGGGCAAUGCUGUAUGUCCUUCAUAUUAUUGUGAAUUAUGGAUACGAGUUGAGAGAAACUUUAGAACAUGGUCUUGCUGCAGUUCCUCUAUUGCCAUGGCAGGAACUCAUUCCCCAGCUAUUUGCUCGGUUGAGUUCUCAUCCCAAACAAGUUGUCAGGAAGCAACUGGAGGGGCUUCUAUUGAUGCUAGCAAAAUUAUGCCCUUGGUCUGUUGUAUAUCCUACACUUGUUGAUCUAAAUGCUUACGACGGGCAACCACUAGAGGAGCUUCAACGCAUAUUUGACUGUUUGUUUAAACUUUAUCCAAAAUUAAUUCAAGAUGUCCAGCUAGUAAUAAAUGAGCUGGGAAUGAUAACUAUUCUAUGGGAGGAGCUCUGGCUGAGCACGCUUCAGGAUCUUCAUACAGAUGUCAUACGACGUAUAAAUAUGCUAAAAGAGGAAGCGGCUCGGGUUGCUGAAAAUCCAACACUUAGUGACACAGAAAAGAACAAGAUAAAUGCAGCCAAAUACUCGGCUAUGAUGGCUCCAAUUGUUGUGGCACUAGAGCGCCGCUUGACAUCAACAUCUCGUGAACCGAGAACAUCUCAUGAGUUAUGGUUCCAUGAAGAGUACAUUGAAAAACUGAAAUCAGCUAUCGUAAGUUUAAAAACUCCCCCUAAAUCUGCAACAGCGCUAGGAGAUGUGUGGCGGCAGUUUGAUACUAUUACAACAUCUCUAGCAACUCAUCAUCGAAAAUCAUGUGUAUCUUUAAGUGAGGUGGCUCCACAUCUGGCUUCUCUUUCAUCUUCUGAUGUUCCAAUGCCUGGCUUUGAGAAGCAAAUCUCAAUGCUUGAUUCCUCAGGAAGCUCUACAACUAGCAUCCAAGGGAUUGUUACAAUUUCCUCUUUCUGUGAACAGGUAACAAUUUUAUCAACAAAGACAAAACCUAAGAAACUCAUCUUACAAGGCUCAGAUGGUCAGAGGUACACUUAUCUUCUUAAGGGACGAGAGGAUCUACGUCUUGAUGCCCGAAUCAUGCAGUUGUUGCAAGCAAUUAAUAGUUUAUUAACUUCAUCCAAUGAUACCCGUGGUCGUGCACUUGCUAUUCGUUAUUACUCAGUGACCCCAAUCAGUGGUCGUGCUGGAUUAAUCCAGUGGGUGGAUAAUGUAACCAGCAUAUACAGUGUCUACAAGUCAUGGCAGGUACACACUCAGAUGGCUCAGGUUUCUGCAGUUGAUGCUGGCAAUAUGAAUAAUCCAAUGCCACCUGUCCUUCGUCCCAGUGAUAUGUUCUAUGGAAAAAUUAUACCUGCACUCAAAGAAAAAGGCAUAAGAAGAGUAAUCUCACGAAGGGAUUGGCCUCUUGAAGUCAAAAGAAAAGUUUUUUUGGAGCUUAUGAAAGAGACUCCAAAAGAACUUCUUUGGCAGGAAAUGUGGUGUGCCAGUGAGGGAUUCAGAGCAUUUACUUUAAAGGCCAAAAGGUUCUCUGGAAGUGUGGCAGCCAUGAGCAUGGUGGGCCACAUUCUUGGUCUCGGGGAUAGACAUUUGGACAAUAUCCUUAUGGACUUCUCCACUGGUGAAAUUGUCCAUAUAGAUUAUAAUGUAUGUUUUGACAAAGGGAGGAGACUAAAGGUUCCUGAAAUUGUCCCUUUCCGACUUACGCAGAUGAUUGAGACUGCUUUAGGAUUGACUGGAACGGAGGGUACCUUCAGGUCUAACUGUGAAGCGGUAAUGAGCAUUCUCCGGAAGAAUAAAGAUAUAAUGUUAAUGUUGUUGGAGGUGUUUGUUUGGGACCCAUUGGUGGAGUGGACAAGGGGAGAUAUCCAUGACGAAGCUGCUAUAGGUGGUGAAGAGAAAAAGGGAAUGGAGUUGGCUGUCAGUCUAAGUCUUUUUGCUUCAAGAGUUCAAGAGAUGCGUGUUCCUUUGCAGGAACAUCAUGAUCUUCUGGUGACUACAGUACCAACUGUUGAAUCAGCUUUGAAGGCAUUCUUAGAUGUGCUAAAUCAAUAUGAAGUAACAUCUACCUUUUUCUAUCAUGCUGAUAAAGAGAAAUCAAGACUUAUGCAACAUGAGACAUCUGCAAAAACAGUGGUUACUGAAGCUACUUCUAUGUAUGAAAAAACCCGGGCAUCAUUUGAAGUCCAGGUUAAUGAGUUUGCACAAUCAAAAACUGUGGCAGCUGAAAAGGCCCAAGAGGCAGCUAUGUGGAUUGAUCAGCAUGGAAGAGUGCUUGAUGCACUACGGAGUGGUUCAAUCCCGGAUGCAAAGGGGUUGUUAAUGCUAAGUGGCACUGAAGAGGCCUUAUCUCUUACUUCUGCAGUUGUCCUGUCAGGAGUUCCACUAACAAUUGUUCCAGAGCCAACACAAGCGCAAUGCUAUGAUUUGGAUAAGGAAGUUUCUCAUCUAAUAGAUGAGUUGGACAGUGGACUUUCUUGUGCAAUUGAAGCACUCAAUGAAUAUGCAUUGGCAUUGCAAAAAGUUCUUCCGCAUAGCUACAUUACAAGCAGCCCAGUAAAUGGUUGGGCACAAGUCUUGCAAUUGUCGGCAAAUAGCCUAUCAUCUGAGGCCCUGUUACUUGCUAGAAAUCAGGCUGCUGAACUUAUUGCAAAGAGCACUAGUGAAGGUUAUGACUCAGCUCGACAGAGGCAUCAGGAUCUCCUCCACAAAAUUGAACUAUGUGCAAUGGAAAUAGGAAAAAUUACUGCUGAGUGUUCAGUACUGAUGAAUUCCAUCGGAACAGAUACAGAAGCAAAAGCCAAGGAACGCCUGCUAUCUUCUUUUACAAAGUAUAUGCAGGCUGCAGGUUGUCGACAGAAUGAAGAUGAAAAGUUCAUAUCUCCUUCAGGUCAAAACAAAUGUGAUGGACUAAAAAUUGCUAAAGUGCCGGAGGAUCUUGUAGAAAAGAAAGUGAAGGUAUUUUCUGUGCUUUGCAUGGCUGUGAUUGAAUUGUAUAAGGAAAUUAUAGCAAAGAUGGUUAUAUACUCUGAUAACUUCACUCAAAAAGUUCUCUGGCGAACGAGGGAGAAUGGUUCCCGAGCUGAUUCUGGAACCACUCUUGUUGGGUUUGAAGAGCAGAUUGAGAAAUGUGUGCUAGUAGCAGUAUUUCUUAGUGAAGUUCAAGAACUGCUAGAUAUAACAUUACCAUGUACCAGUACAAGUGCUGAAGAUACAAAUCCUUCAUCUGCAGCAACUUGGGCUUCAGUUUACCAGGUUUGUCUGUGUUCAAGCAAUCAAUUGAUUGAGCAAAUGACUGAAAUUCUUCUCCCAGAGAUUAUUAGAUCAGCUGUUACCUACAAUUCGGAAACAAUGGAAGCUUUUGGAAUGCUUUCUCAGAUCCGUGGUUCUGUUGAUACAGCACUAGAGAAGCUAGUUGAGGUGGAACUGGAGAAAGCAUCCUUGUUGGAGCUGGAAAAGAACUAUUUUGUGAAGGUUGGACUCAUUACAGAGCAGCAGUUAGCUCUUGGAGAAGCAGCUACAAGUGGUCGUGAUCAUCUAUCUUGGGAAGAAGCUGAAGAGCUAGCCUCCCAAGAAGAAGCUUGUAGAGCACAGUUAGACCAACUUCAUCAAACUUGGAACCAGAAAGAUAUGCGGAAUUCUUCUCUGAAAAAGCUGGAAGCCAAUAUUAUAAAUUCAUUAAUGUCUUCUCAGCAGUACUUUACAUCUUUGAUGAACAGUGAGGAUGAGGGGGAUCUGCAUGUUAGAAGGAGCAAAGCUCUUUUAGCUGCAUUAGCAAAGCCUUUUGCUGAAUUGGAAUCAGUUGAUCAUGAGCUAGUGUCACAUGGUACUGUUCCCUCAGAUUUAGAUGAGUCAACAUAUAAACUUGCCGAUUUUGUGACAUCCAGCUCCUCAGUAUCUGAAUCUGUUUGGGGGCUUCGUUUCUUGUUGAGAGAUCAUGCUUUCUUUAUUUGGAAAGUUAGCAUCAUGGACUCUGUUCUUGAUAUGUGCUUUCAUGACAUAUCAUCUUCUGUUGAUCAUAAUGUUAGUUUUGAUCAGCUUUAUAAAAGUUUGAAAAAGAAGCUAGAGGUUCAUCUGCAAGAACUUCUUGGUCAUUAUUUGAAUGGCAGAGUUGUUCCUGCUUUCUUGGCACAAUUGAAUAAAGAAAUUGAGAAUUUGCAGCAUUUGAUGGAAGCAAGAAGAGAAUUUGCACCCGAUCAAGCAAAAAAAGAUGCGGGCGCUGUAAGGAAAAUUCGGCUUAUGCUUGAAGAAUACUCUAAUGCACAUGAAACUGUUAGGGCUGCCAGAUCAACAGUUUCUUUCAUGAAAAGGCAAGUGAAUGAACUAACUGAGGCCCUUGGGAAAACUAUUUUAGAAAUUGUUCAGUUGGAAUGGCUUCAUGAUAUGUCCUCACUCUAUCUACUGAAAAGCAAGGUUUUCUCAGGAAACAUUCUUGGCGAUGAUAAAAUUUCCCCAUUAAUUAUUAACCUUAGCCGACCAAAACUAUUAGAAAAACUGCAGUCUUCUAUGUCAUCUGUAGCACGAUCAUUAGAAUGCUUGCAAGCUUGUGAAAGGACAUCAACAUCUGCAGAAGGACAACUGGAAAGAGCCAUGGCAUGGGCUUGUGCGGGUUCGACUGCUGUUGGGACUGGCACUUCUUCUGUUAAGACUUCAGGAAUUCCAACAGAGUUCCAUGAUCAUCUACGAAGGCGAAGACAAUUGCUAUGGGCAAUUCAAGAACAGGCAGGUGAUAUUAUAAAGAUCUGCAAUUCUGUGAUGGAGUUUGAAGCAUCUAGAGAUGGCCUUUUCUGGAUACCUGGGGAGAAAACGUCUGGGCGAACUACUGCAGAUGGUAGAACAUGGCAGCAAGCUUACUUGAAUACCUUAACAAGACUAGAUGUUGCUUAUCACUCCUUUAACCGUGCUGAACAAGAAUGGAAGCUGGCAGAAAGUAACAUGGAAGCUGCUGCCAAUGCCUUGUUUGCUGCAACUAAUGAACUCUGCAUUGCCUCUGUAAAGGCAAAUUCAGCUUCAGAUGAUUUGCAAGACACCCUAGCAAUUAUGAGGGAGCGUGCAUAUGAGGCCAGUACGGCUUUAACUGCCUUUGUUUGUGUUUCUAAAGGCCAUACUGCUUUGACAUCUGAAUGUGGUUCAAUGCUCGAGGAGGUCUUGGCUAUAAUGGAGGGUGUAGAAGAUGUUUACAUCUUGGGGAAGGAGGCAGCUGCAGCACAUAGUGCACUGAUGGCAGAUCUUUCUAAGGUAAACAUGAUCCUCCUUCCUCUGGAAGCUUCACUUUCAACCGAUUUAACUGUGAUGGCUGAUGCGUCAGUGAAAGAUGAGGAAAACAAUAAAGAGAUUUCUCUUGUUCAUGGACAAGCACUGUACCAGUCUUAUAUAUUCAAACUUAGGGAAGCUUGUCCAUCUUUGGUUCCUUUCGUGCCCUCGCUGACCAGCUAUGUAAAGGAACUUCAUUCUACAUUAACCAAACUUGCACGAGUUUCAAGCCUCCAUGCUGGAAACCUUCAUAAAGCUCUUGAAGGUCUUGGAGAAAGUCAAAUUUUAAGGUCUCAAGACCUUGCUAUAUCUAGUUCUGAACCUUCAAAUGGUGCAGUUUUAUUCAAUGAUGAAGAGAAAGUGUUGUCCGGGAGCAGUGUAGAAGAUGUUGAGAAUUUGACUACAAAUGGCAAACUUGCUCUUCAUGAUGAAGGAUGGCUAUCCCCUCCGGAACACACAUACACCAGCAGCCCAGAUUCUAUCAUCUCCUUAAGUGAAGGUAGCUUCUCUGAGAAAUCAGACAACUUAGAACAGGACCUGCAUAGUAAUUCUGCUGGAGAGGACACUAGUAUGAGUGUUUCCUAUAAAAUUAUUGAUGGAUCAGAAAGCAAAUCUGUUGAGGAUCAAGAUUCUAAUUAUUCAACAGAGGAUGUUGCUAAUAGUUUGUCUUCAGUGUUACCAGCAGAUCUGGGUGACAGUUUGCAAGCCUUGUCCUUAUGUGAUGGACCUACAGUCGAGAAUGUUGGAACAUAUGACAUCGAGAAGGGAAAAUCGGUGGUGGCAAACUCUUUGAUGAGUGGAAAUGAACAUUACUCCAAUCUGGUUAACGGACAUGGUGAUAAUCUUGAUGAUUCUUCUUCAUGUUUUGGUGCAAUUAGCCGCACUACAAGGGGUAAGAACGCAUAUGCUAUAUCAGUCUUGAAGCAUGUUGAGCUCAAACUAGAUGGAAGAGGUAUUGAAGACAUCAGGUCCCUAGAAGUUCCGGAGCAAGUAGAUCUUCUUCUUAAGCAAGCAACAAAUGUCGACAACUUAUGUAACAUGUAUGAAGGGUGGACGCCAUGGAUAUGAUUAUCCGAUUGUUUUUUUUUUGCUCUCAUGUGUGGAUGCUAUUUUUGUAUGUGCAAGUUUGCCUUAUUAUAUCUAGAAAGUGGAAAGAAGAGGAGACUUAUCCAGUGAUGGACAUGCAUUACGAGAAUAUCCGAGGCUUUACUGGGGACCUACUAGAUUCAAUGCUUCAUGUCAAUAGCAAAAACAGCUGCAUCAACCAUUGCCACUUAAGACAGCUGGAUAUGCUAUCUUUGGUCCUUGGUGCAGCGCCAAGAUUGAAAAGCGCCAAAGAAGUUCCUUUGAGGCUUCCACCAAAAGCUACUCGUACAUCCAAUGACCGUCUUUGGGGGGUCUCAUUACUCCAUCCUAGCUUAAUUUCCCAUGGAGAUUCUGCUGCAGUGUUGCUUGGCACAGUUCCUGUUAUUGUCUCUACAAUGCCUAACUUGGUAUGUUAUCGGGACAGCCAAAUUUGCAGAGCUGAAUGAAAUGGGCACUGCAGCGUUUUCAGGGAGUUUGAAUCCAAGGUGUUAGAAGAGCAGAAACAGAUCGAACUAGUCCAUCCGGACUAGCUUUUUUUCAGUCACCUGGAUUUGACCCAGGCAACUGCCUAUGCCCUGCACUGAAGUUGAUGUGUCCUUGCUUGUCGAUGGCCUCGGCACGUAGAUUGAGGUGAGUUGGGAAACUAAUCUUACAAGGUGUUUUGAAUUCUUGUAUAUAUCUACAUGUCUUGGUUAUGCUCUGUGAAUAAGAUUGCUGGUUGCUUUUCAACUCAGGCUUUGAUCUGAAAGCCUUUCUGAAAUACUGCAUUCCUGUUCAUCAUAUUCUUUUUCUCCCGACAAA